AAAUACUUUUUUUAAAAGUAUAUAGAAUUGAUGAUUCCCAAUUAUUGUACCAUCUACCAUGCUAAACUUUCAAAGUGUACCUUGGCGAAUCAAGAUUUUUAUUUGGGACGGAGGUGUUACAACAUUUUAAUAUGGGAACCAGUUAGAAAUCAUUUAUAGCAAGUGUCAAAUAUUCUCUAAGAUUCAUACAACCACGGUUUGCUCCAGAAACUCAUUUCAAUUCAUUUUAUAGAUUCCAAUAUAUGCACGAGCUCGGGACGUAAAGCAUUUAUUAAACCUAAAGAAAGCAGGUGCAACAGAUGCUAUUCUUGAAAGCACAGAGUCAAGUUUACAACUUGGCUCCAAACUGUUGAAAGGGUUUGGUGUAAUGUCUGAUGAUGUAACCUUCCUGAGUCAAUUGGUCCGAGACUCUAUGGAGCUACAAGCCCAAGAAGCACUAGGUAAAACGGACGAUCAAGAUAAAGUUAUGAAGCCUUUGCAGGUAAGAGCAGGGGACUUGUUAGUGGCCGCAAGAGAACCAACCGCAUCUGAAGGCGAACAAUGGAAAAUGCAGGAGCUGACCGGUAAAAGUUUUGCCAUCUCAAGUUCUGAUCAGUUGACUGUUGACGGUGAAAACCAUUUAAAAGACCAUCUUGAAAGUGAAGCCAAGAAAGGUUUCCCCCUAAGUUCAGAAAAUAUCAACAGUGACAGUCAGUAGGUAGGUAGGUGGAAGCAUUUGGGGUUGCAAAGCAUUCAACUUAGAGAUACUAACUCCAAAACACAACAUUUUUUUAAAAGCCUAGCAGAGAAGAAAAGGCUGUCUAUUUUGUGGUCAUUGGUUCACUACCUGUAUAUAUUCAGUUUUGUGAUAGAAAAUGCUACUUUAACCCCAAAAAUGACACCAAGUUUGACACCCCACACAUAUUAGUGGUGUCAUCCGUGGUGUGAGUGUAGCAUGACCUGUUCUGUGAUAGAAUAUAUAAUUUUGAAACCUCUUUUGGUUGCAAAAUUAGUACUCCGUAACUUUGUGUGGUAUGUACACUCUGUAUAGAAUACAACUUUUAUUACAUGUAAUGUAAUGCAAUGAGAGCCUCUCUCACUCUACGAACGUUAGUUUUUUUUAAAUGUGGAAUUUAUUGAAUACAAUAUUGAGUUUAUU